UUCUGUAUCAUCUUCAUCCACAAUAUUGCCGGUUACGAGUGCACAUUGCGCUUCUCACUAUACUGGUCAAAACUGCGGAUCACUAUUUAGUUAUUCUAUUGGUUUUAUUUUGCUUUCUUUCAUCAAUAUUUUUUUUGUCAAUAUUUAAUAUCAACUAUUGAUUAAUAUUGCAACGAUGCAACGUCAUAUUGGAAUCAUAGUCUUAGUGGUGAUAUUGAUAAUGUGUCCAGAAAUUUAUGGACGAAGAGGAAAAACACGAGUCAAAAGUAAAUCUCGCGUUCAAAUUGGUUUACCUAUUACUGGAAAAUACCGUGAUCCAGAGAGUGAUCAAUAUUAUAACAAUAAUAAUGGUGCUAAAAUUUUAUUGGCUUCUCAUUUCGAUUUGGAGUAUGUACUAGGACAUAAAAUUGCAUUUCUUUGCGUUGCUAGGGGCUCACCACGUCCACACAUAACGUGGUUUAAGGAUGGUGCUGAAAUCUAUACACAUCUGUAUCUUCAUGUCCAUGAAUGGCAAGUAAGAAAUGAUACCGUAAAAUCUAAAUUAGAAAUUGACCCAGCCACUCAAAUGGAUGCUGGAGUAUAUGAGUGUACUGCAGACAAUAUGUAUGCUAUUGAUCGAAGAUCCUUUAAAACUGAUUUUUCUAUUGCAUUCGAUUAAUAUUUUUCAAAUGAUCUAAAUACCUUUUUCAAUUAUUUUUUGAGGAAUAUUUCUUUAAUAUUUAUCUAUUGAAAAUAAAUUAAUUAUUUAAAUGAUAUUAUGUCAA